AUGAGUUUAUAUGGGUUGGAUGAGGACAUUGAGAAGCUCCUCAAUCCAGAAACAUUUCAAGAAGGCUUCUCGGCUAAAGACUUCAUUGAGAAACUGAGCGAGAAUAUCUUAAAUUCUACAGAUGAGUUUGUGGUAGAUGGAGCGCGAGCAUUGGACCCUAAGCCGUAUAUCCGUAAUUUCGAGGCUGUUCUAAAUGAACUUCGCCGGCUCGAAGUAUCGGCAGGAACUGAGGAACGAAAUGCCGCCCAGGAUAUGUACCAGAUUGAAAUAUCCCAUAGUAAAAGCAUGGUUAAUCUGGGCGGCUUGAUAAAUAGCACUAUGUCAGAAUUCAGCGGGUUGGAGGAGCUUGUCAAUGACAUAGUAUCAGCAACAUCUUCAUUAACCGACAAACUCGAAGUUCUAUCAGGACAAUACGAACAAACGGUAUCGUCGACAUUUCUAAUAAAAACAUAUUUGUCAUUUGUCAGGAAAGGAAACUCAUCAGAUCUUAGUAGGUUGUGGGAAGGUGGCUUACCGGCUGACAGGAGGAAAUGUGUUAGUGUUGUGAGACAGCUUCAAGGAUUGAGCCGGCGCAUUGGCAAUUCCGACGAUAAGUUAAUAAAGCCACACGAAGAGAUUGAUAAAUUCGCUGAGAGCAUAGAAACAGACUUACUGCAGGAAUUUGAUAAUGCAUAUAUAUCGGCCGACAUGGCCGCAAUGAGAGAAUCUGCCAGCAUUUUAACUGAUUUCAAUGGAGGUGGAAGUGUUGUUCAAGUAUUUGUCAAUCAACAUGACUUUUUCAUAGUACAAGAAAAGCUUGUCGAUACUUCGAGAAUGAAUGAUGAUGCCAUGUGGGUAAAAAUGAAAGAUCCACAAAGUGAUACUAUAGAAUUUGAAACGUUAGUACAGGAACUGAUGGAUGAGAUCAAAAAUGGGGUUGCAUCCGAGACAGAAAUCAUCACGAGAGUGUUUCCCAAUCCUGUUAUGGUAUUCAAAGUUUUCUUACAACGGAUAUUCGCUCAAAGAAUCCAGCAGCAGUUGGAGGCGUAUUUUCAAGUGGCUGAAAAUAUAUCAACAUUAGCAUACGUCCGAGUUUUGCAUAUUUCUUAUAAUCGUGUCGGUGCAUUGGUAAAAGCUUUCAAGGAAUGGUUCAAUCAGUUAGCACUUGAUAACGAUGGCGAACUGGCAUCAUUAUUGGACCAAAAUUUUGCUGAUAUCUUUUUGCCAUAUAUCGACAAUGGGAGAUACUUUGAGUCAGAGAAGAAAAACCUUCAAGAGAUUAUCAGUUCUGCUUUACAAAAGUUCAGCGAUGCUCAUAAGCACAGUUCAAACCAGAGAGACCAGAGACUGCUUGGAAGAUUCUCGACUUCGAAUGAUGGGGACCAGACAGAAAUCAGUGAUUCGAUUAACGGGUCACCUACUCUUGGAGCACCUGAGAAAUCUCAUGAAAAAGGCAGAAUUGGUCAGUUUAUGAGGGCUGUACGGUUGGAAAGAACCAACUCUAGCGGGAAUGGAAAUAAUAGUUCUACAAGACCCAAUAGUCAACCUGAUUACAAUAGUAGUCGGGCGUCAGCCGAAAUUGACAUUGGAGAUCUUGAGAUUCGUUAUGAUAAUAUACAACUGAUAUUGGGCGCUUUUGCCGAGAGUGUGAGCCGUGAUCUUGAACUAGCGAAUUCCAAUAAUGUCAAACAUGAUGCGCAAGAACUCGUUAGAUUGCUUAUUGAUACAGUUGGUCAUAAUCACAUCGACGUUGCCCUGGAAGAAGCUCUGGCAGCUUGUUCUGAUGAUCAGCGUAGUAACAUUACAUUGAAAUAUUUGAAGGUUAUACCACCAGUAAAUGGUUCAAUAAAGUUAAUUGCUGCUUUUGUAAAGAACAUUUUGUUCUCAAUGGCAAGGGGAUCAGAUUCUGUUCAGGCGCAUAUGGUUACGAGUCUGAAUAAUUAUGUUUCUAGUGCAGAGGAAACAAUGAACGCAAUUGUGAGCAAUACAAUAGACUUGAUCAUCACCAAAAUCAACUCAAUUUUGAACAAACAAAAGAAGAAGGAUUUCAUCCCUCGUUCUGACGAGCGCACUGACGUAACUACGAGUGUGUGUGAUGAAGUCAUACAGCUACUAGGGGGUGUAUAUGGUAUCUCACUGGAAUCGUUGGAUGGGGCCAAUCUCGAGCUUUUCUUGCGUGAGAUUGGCUUUGGUCUACGUGAAGCGUUGAAGAUGCAUCUUAAGAAGUUUUCGAUUAGUCCAAGCGGAGGCUUGAUAUUAAUUAGGUGA